AUGGCGGAUAAUAGUGACGAGCACGACAAACCUGGUCUCAUCACCAUCAAUGUUAAAACACCCAAAGAAAAACAAACUGUUCAAGUGAAAGAAGGAGCUUCGGUGCGAGAACUAAAGGAAGAGAUCCACAAGAAGUUCAAUGCCCCUGUGGAGCAGCUGUGCAUAAUUUUUGCGGGGAAAAUUGUUAAGGACGAUGAAACAUUGGAACAGCAUGGGAUUAAAAAUGGACUGACAGUUCAUUUAGUGAUUAAGUCAGUAAACAGAACUGCUUCAGAAACUCCACCAAAUAUCACAUCAAGUUCAGCCAGUGCUGCUCCUGAUGUGUCCCAGACGCCAUUUAAUCUUGGCGGGCUUGGUGGCCUGGCAGGUUUGGGCGGACUGGGAAUGGGCUCUGCAAAUUUUAUGGAAAUGCAACAACGGUUGCAGCGAGAGAUGAUGAGUAACCCAGACAUGAUGAGACAACUCAUGGACAACCCCUUUAUACAAUCGAUGAUGUCAAAUCCAGAAAUGAUGAGGUCUUUACUUAUGAACAAUCCACAGAUGAGGGAGCUAAUGGAGAGAAAUCCUGAAAUUACUCACAUGCUGAACAACCCAGAACUCAUGCGUCAAACAAUGGAGCUUGCUCGUAAUCCAGCUAUGCUGCAGGAACUGAUGAGAUCUCAGGACAGGGCGAUGAGUAAUCUAGAGAGUAUCCCGGGUGGCUUCAAUGCACUUCAGCGCAUGUACAGAGAUAUACAAGAGCCGAUGAUGAAUGCAGCUCAGGAAACAAUAGGAUCAAACCCGUUUGCCUCUCUUGUCAAUAACUCAUCAGUGGCUGAAAACACCCAGCAGGGCAGAGAAAACACAGACCCUCUCCCUAACCCAUGGGGUGGCUCAACUACUACUCCUGCUUCGACCAGACUAGCUGGGAGUGCACCUGCUGGCACCCCAAACUUUUCACAAGGCAUGUUCAACAGCCCAGGUAUGCAGAGUUUGAUGCAGCAGAUGAUGCAGAACCCUCAGAUCAUGAGCAACAUGUUGCAAGCUCCCUACAUGCAGUCUAUGAUGCAGUCACUAACCUCAAACCCAGAGUUAGCCCAGCAGGUGAUUGCCAGCAAUCCUUUGUUUGCCAACAAUCCCCAGAUGCAAGCAAACUUGUCUAGCAUGAUGCCAACCCUGUUACAGCAGAUGCAGAACCCUGAGUUACAGAGUAUGGUUACAAAUCCCAGAGCUGUGGAUGCUUUGAUGCAGAUACAAAGUGGACUGAGUACACUUCAACAGGAGUCUCCGAACUUGUUCUCGAAUUUAACAGGCGUGAGAAAUGUACCAACUACAACUACAGGCGUGUCAGCUCCAGCUACCACCACCCCAUCAUCAACCACAGCACCAACAACAGGAUCUGCUACAACUCCAGCUGGACAACAGGGCAACCCUGAAGCUUUCUCAACCCUGAUGGCUCAGAUGAUGCAGAUGAUGGUUGGGGGCCAGCAGAAUUCAACACAACCUCCGGAGCAGAUAUAUGCCUCACAGUUAGAACAGCUGUCUACUAUGGGUUUUGUUGACAGAGAGGCAAAUAUAAGAGCCCUGAUAGCCUCAUUUGGUGAUGUGAACGUUGCAAUAGACCGGCUGCUGCAACACAGAUGA